AUGAACAACAACAGAAAAGUUUCCUGCGAGCUUGUUGACAAAGUAGGACUUCAGGAAAUGCUCCGGAGGGCGGAAAAUGGUGAGUAUGUUCUUCCCAUUUCAAAGACAGCACCAGCAGCGGCAUCAUCAAGGGCUCUCGAAACUUUGGGGUUUGUGGAAGGCUACUUCGAUAUAGAAACCAUGGGUUUGGACCGAGGACAGGAGCUUGACAUUGUGAUGGAUGAUGGAACGGUAAUGUCUUGUUGUUCUGGUUUCUCUGUGGACAUCCAUUGUGAUGAUAUAUCCACUUCAGAGCUUUUGAAGGACUGGGCUUACCACAUGUUCUGCAAGAAUAUUGAUGGUGAAGGCAGGAUCUCUUUCUCAACUCUGCUUGUGCAUCUGAAAAAGAAGCUGCAGUUGCAGCUAACAGAAGAAGAGUUGAGGCUCUACAGCAUGUCUGUAAUAGAUGGUGAGGAACAGAGGAAGGAAAUGAGGAUAUUUUAG